AUGACCACCAAAUAUCGUCCAAUCACUGCAAUCACUGAACUCCAGGUUCCCCAGGGGCUGGAGCUUGAUGCCGAACAGUGGGCUGGCUAUUUUCAACCGUUGGUGCACGCAGAAGGCCACAGGGGGACAGUCUGGGGAAGGUCACAAAAGGAGCCCGGGGUAGUACUUCUGGUAACAUUAUGGGGACAUCCCGACGAACUUAGAGAUUUCCAAGAUUCACCGUGUGCCCAGCUCUUCAGGGAGUCUCUCCUCGCAGUCAACGCUCUGCAACUCUCUUAUCACGAGGCUUUCAUGGAAGAAUAUUGGUUCCCAUCUCUAGAAAUGGCCUUUGUCCAAUUUUAUUGGGUCUACCUUCCCGCAGCAAUGACCCCUGAGCAAGAGACUCGCAAGCCGGUCGCGUUCGACCCGCCUUCCGACAAAGAUAUGGGCCACCCAGACAGAAUCGUGGCGUGGCCAAGAAGCCCGACUAAUGCUAUGGGCGCACUUCUGGCGAGAUGA